UUCUGUGAUUUGGUGAUGAUUCUGUGGAACUUUGGAACCACCCCAAGAAAAAAUGUAGAAGAUUUCACUGGACCUAGAGAAAGAAGUGAUCUGGGAUUCGUCACAUUUGACAUUACUGCAGAUCUGCAGAGUAUAUUCGAUUGGAAUGUCAAACAAUUGUUUCUAUAUUUGUCUGCGGAAUAUUCAACAAAAAACAAUGCCCUAAAUCAGGUAGUCCUUUGGGACAAGAUCAUGUUGAGAGGAGACAACCCAAGGCUGUCCUUAAAAGACAUGAAGUCAAAGUACUUUUUCUUUGAUGAUGGAAAUGGUCUCAAGGGAAACAGGAAUAUCACCUUGACUCUCUCCUGGAAUGUUGUACCAAAUGCUGGCAUUCUACCUCUUGUUACAGGAUCAGGACAUGUGUCUGUACCUUUCCCAGAUACCUAUGAAACAACAAAAAGUUAUUAAAUUAUAAGUACUGAAUCAUAAGCAAAAUAUUUUUUAUACUUGUAUAUUGUGGAUACAUUUUAUUGCAGUUUCUUCUUGCAUCCCAUGCAACUUUUCAUUGAAAGCAACUUAAUUUCCUCAGGCUAGCAGCAUAGGAAAAGGAAAUGAAAAUUCAGGAUUUUGUUGGUUUUUUCCUAAAUAAAAAUUGAAGCUGAAGCUUAAGGGAAAGGUAAAUUGCGGAAUAAUGGUUUCAAGUGGGGGAAACUGGGGAUUUUAUUUUUUUUUCCUGGCCAUCUAAGUAUAGAUCUCCUUUUCUUUUAAAUAAAUAUUUUUAAACCAGAA